GUGGGGGCAUGACGUCAUUGUUGGGGUAUUUUUCAAGAUGGCGCUGGUCUGUGGCCGGGGAUGCCGCUGAUGCAGCCAGCUAAAACGUUUCAGUGGAUUUAAAUAAUUGUUCCGCCCGGCGACGACGCUACCUUCGCAAGAAAGAAAGAGAAGAUAUUAUUUUUAAGACACCAGAAAGUGACACGUUCCAUCCGGUGAGUGUCAGGUAACGUUGAAGGCUAAAAUGGUAGCCCCUUCCGCCGAGAACAACAAAACCUGCUGCCGAGCCGCCGGGCAGGAGGACUCGAUACGGGAUUCUAUGGCCGGGGCCGAGGCUCUCUCGACGGACUGAGUCGUCAUGGAAACGACGAAAGAGAACGGAGGUUCGUCUGCCGUUGACUUGAACGAGAACGAAGAGGAAGGCGGAGGUCAUACAUCUUACAUCGCGUUCAAAGACACCAGCACAGCGCUGCUAUCCGGUAUCCACGGGGGUCAGGAAGCUGGGAAGAGCCUUAUAUACGUGACCGGUAAUGGGAGGAAUGUCAACGGGGACGCCUCGGUGCAGCCGCCCCCGCAAAACAGGGAGAUAAUGUUGGAUUUGGUCGCUGCGGAGGAGUAUCUCCCCGGGCGGUUGACUGGCAGUUGUGUGGUUUCGGGGGUUUGCGGUGACCUGAACGGAUUAACUGAGUCAUUCGGUCAGGAGGAGCCGACGAUGGUCGGACUGGAAGGAGGAGGAGGAGGAGGGCUCGGCCUCGCAGUGACUACAGUGGCUUCCUGUCCAGCUGUGCUCGGGGGUCCGGUUUCAGUUGAGAGGCAGCAGCACCCUGCAGGGGAAAGCGGAGGGGAGACCCCGGAUCCCGACGAAGUUAUCCCGGGAGAAGGGACAACCAGCCGUGGCUGCAUCCGGACUUCUUUCCCCCUUGAUCGGCUGCCAUUCACGGGGAAGCACCAGCGGAACUGCGCAUGCUCCGCCGCGGCCCCCCAUUGUCCAGAUGUAAACAUGCCCAACGGGGAUGUUGACAGGCCGGAGUACUGCGGUCCCGGAGCGGAAAUGGCUUUCUGUAAACAGACAUUGUUUCCCAGCCCGGUGCUUGUGGGCCAGAGACCCAGCUUAUGCGACGUGGACUGUGAGGAAGGGAAAGUUGCCAACGGUGGUUUACACAUUGUGACCAACGCCAGAGCAACAUGUGACUGGUCCGACUCAGACUAUUCCCCCGAAAAUAACUCAGACAUAAAUUUCGACCUGGGGGCAAAGCAGGAAAACGGAGCCGGGUCGGGAUUUUAUCCGAGGAGCCCAAGCGACUUCAGCGGGACAUUGUUCUCUCAGUGCCCGGGGGAGGAUGCGCCACCUGCGGCAGAGCUCCCUCUCUCCUCCCCGGUCUCACCCAAGGACUCCCCCACCCGGGGAUCAAGUGCCAAACUCCCCUCACCCCGCACGUCAACCCUCUCCAACGUGAACGGCGACAGCCCGGUCUCUGAACCCAACAUCAGGGAGGAUGAUGAUGAGGAGGAUUUCAGUGAGCUCAGUUUACCCGUCAGGCCGUCAAGUUUAAGGACUAACCCCAACCUUGUGGUGUCCCUCAGCUGUGAUGCCACCCCGUUGUCUCCCGACGGGGAUGGGGACUUGUAUUUUGGGGACGAGGAGGACUUUAGGAACGUUUUGGAAGCGGGUCGCAGGCAGAGCGCCCCGGACCAUCUACCGGACCGGAGCGAACAGACAGACAGCUCGGACACCAAGCUGAUGCCAAAGAGGUUCGGCAUUGCUGAUUUCUUCACCAGGAGCCUGUUUUCUAGGAAACCCAAAGAGCCCAAGGCGCCAUCCCAUAAUGCAACAGGGUGGCGCCUGUUUGGCAAGACUGCAGCCAGAGAGGAUGAUCCAACCACAGACCCCGACUCAACAUUAUCCACACAGCAGUGUCCGCCCGAGGAGCAGGAGACGGACUCCGACGUGUCCCCGUGUCCUCAGCUUCCCCCGGCUGCCGGCAGGAGGAAGAACCUGGAGUUUGAGCCGCUUUCCACCACGGCUCUCAUCCUGGAGGACCGGCCAGCGAACCUGCCUGCCAAAUCUCUGGAGGAAACUCAGAGACACAAAAUGGAGUACGAGGAGAUGGUUGCAGGAGCAAAGAGGAGAGAGAUGAAGGAAGCCCAGAGAAAGAAGCGUCAGAUGAAGGAGAGGCACCGACAGGAGGACAGCAUCUCCAAUGCCAUGGUCGUCUGGAACACCGAGAUCCUGCCGCACUGGGACACCAUGAAGGGAACGAGGCGGGUUAGGGAUCUCUGGUGGCAGGGACUUCCUCCCAGUGUCCGAGGGAAAGUGUGGAGCCUCGCCAUCGGCAACGAGCUCAACAUCACACCAGAGCUGUAUGAGAUCUUCCUGUCCAGAGCCAAAGAGAAGUGGAGGAGUUACAGUGAAACCAGCUCAGUCAACGACAGUGAGAGUGACGGAGGAGCGUCUCUGGCUGACAGAGAGUCCAGUCUGGAUCUCAUCAAGCUGGACAUUUCCAGAACCUUCCCCUCUCUCUUCAUCUUCCAGAAGGGCGGCCCCUACCAUGAUCUCCUCCACAGCGUGCUGGGGGCUUACACCUGUUACAGACCUGACAUUGGCUACGUCCAGGGCAUGUCGUUCAUCGCUGCUGUGCUGAUCCUCAACCUGGAGGAGGCCGAAGCCUUCAUCACCUUCGCCAACCUGCUCAACAAACCCUGUCAGAUGGCCUUCUUCAGAGUCGACCACGAACUGAUGUUGAAGUAUUUCGCAGCCUUUGAGGUUUUCUUUGAGGAGAAUCUGCCUCGACUCUUCAGCCACUUCCAGACCAACAGCCUGACCCCCGACCUCUAUCUGAUCGACUGGAUCUUCACCCUGUACAGUAAGUCUCUCCCUCUGGACGUGGCGUGUCGGGUGUGGGACGUCUUCUGCCGGGACGGGGAGGAGAGUUUGUUUCGGACUGGGCUCGGCAUCCUGCGUCUCUUCGAGGACGUCCUGCUCCAGAUGGACUUCAUCCACAUCGCUCAGUUCCUAACCCGGCUGCCGGAGGACCUGCAGGCACACACACUCUUCAUCGCCAUGGCCAACACACACAUGGUCAGCAGGAACCGCCGCUGGGCUCAGGUCAGCAUCACACUCCGAGUUCAGGGCAACGUCAGUCAAUGAGUGUUUUCCGCAUUGAUGAAGGAUGGAAAUAAAGAGACGGACAAAAACACCAGCCCGGCUCUGAGAAGCUAACACUAGCCGACCCUCGCCGCUGACGCCCGUCUUUCUGAAACAUCAAAUCAUCCAAUCUAAUCGAGCUGUGAUGACGUCCGAUACGAAGGGGCCCGCUGUGGGGCUCGAAGCCUCGUAGCCCGAUGCUAAACGCUCACCCCCAGAGGCGUCGCUACGGAGCUCGGAGCGACCGCCACCCUGCCGGGCCUCGGACGGGCAGAAACCGGCGUCAGGACUUCAGCCCUGAGUCAUCUGAAGGAGGUCUGGAGUCGGUCUGUCCCGACGCCAGAGGCCGCUGUCAGUAUUUCUCCGGAGAUUGUCAUUCAAGCAGCUAGGUGACACUGCGCUCCCAGCCUAUGGAAGCUGGGAAAUUAAAAGUAACUCUGCAGAUAACGUUCUGUGUUUUCCCGACCCUCGCUUGCAGGACCGCUGUCUCCACGUCGGGACACAGUCAACCACUAACUCAGAGCCCCGUGUAAUUCUCAAAGACUCUUUCGGUGCUAAUGACUUUCUAGAGGCUUAAAAGAAGUCCUCUGGUUUGAUUAAGUAGAUUCUCGUAGGGUUUGAUUAAACAAUAUUAAUAAUUUGCGUUUUUAAGCGUAAUCUCUUUGAUUUAAAAAUUAAAACGACGUGAUUCUGCAGUAGCAGGGCUCGUGCUAACAUGCUUGUUGUAGCGCAUACAUUAGCCUCCUACGUUGAGCUCCUAGCUUGUUAAAAAUGACAUCUCUGGGCAACAACCCCCCCCCCCAUUAGAAUAUGGGGAAGAAACACGUGGAAGUUGAAUAAUUUUGUACAAUACAGUUGUUCUAAUUGAACUAAUACUCAUCUCAUCAGUGAUCCUAACGAGUCUGAGCGGACUAACUAUUACAUGCUUUUUUCCAGGAAACUAAUAAUUCCAAGGUCCAGUGGGCUCAAGAAGUCUUUUCUACAUGUGUGGAGUACUUUAAUAUGUUAUUCUGAAUAUA